CCUCCAUCACCCAGGGGAAAAUCAAGCGGGUGCCGCCACAGAAAAGCAGGCCCAGCGGUGUGAAAGUGACAUCGAUAUUUGGGACUGCAGCUCUAGUAUCCAAUCCAUGCCGCAGCCAGCCUUGGGUUAAUUAACGACGUCCCCAGCAUUUCCUUCAUUUCUCGACCCAUCAUCCCAUCAACCUCAUUCGAAGCAGAACCCUACUUUCUGUUUCUCUCUCCCUCUUACACAUACAAACACACCCUCAUAUAAAACUCAUCAUGUUCAACUGGGCCAAGCAACAACUGGCCAAUGUCGCCGGCACUCAGGAGCCUAUCUACGGCCCCUCUGCCAUCAAGUCUGUCGCUACAGAGGCCGAGAAGACUCCCUACACCGAGAUCUCUCGAAAUGACCUGAAGUGGCAGGCUAUGGACUCUACUUCUGUUGAGACACACACCUUUUACAUCUUUGGCGACAACGGUUACAUCGCCCUUGCUCAGCUCAUCUAUAGUAACGUAGCUGGCAUCCGAACAACCUGCCAGUUCAACGCAAAGGUCUUCAGCUCAGACCCUUCCAAGCCCCACCUCUGGGCCUCUACACCCCUCAACAACCACGACUUCAACGAGGACAAGACGAGUUUCUACGCCGAUGACUGCGCGAUCGAGCUGUCCGAGGAUGGCACCUACUACACCAUCAAGAGCAUGAACGACCCCAACGCCAUCGUCAACCUCAAGAUCACCCGCUCUACACCUGGUUUCCAAGCCGGAACCACAGGAACAACUCUGUACGGCACCGACCUCGAGAACCCAUGGGGAUCUAUGCGACACGCUUUCUGGCCUCGCUGUGUUUCUGAGGGUACCAUCACCACAAAGGACGGCCCCAUGGAUUUCAAGGGCAAGGCUUUCUUCGCUUACGCUCUGCAGGGCAUGAAGCCGCACCACGCUGCAUCUCGAUGGAACUUUCUUAACUUUCAGGGUCCCACCUAUUCAGCUGUCCUGAUGGAGUUCACCAGCACUCCCUCGUACGGCUCUACCCUCGUCAACGUGGGUGGUAUCGUCAAGGAUGGCGAGAUUGUCAUCGGCGGCGUCGACAACACGGCCACGCACACUCAAGUCAAGAAGGAUUCGGAGAAUGACUGGCCUGAACCGAGCGACGCCAAAUACACCUGGGCCGGAAAGACCAAGGAUGGAAAAGCCGUCGAGGCCUCGGUCGAGGGAUCUCUCGGAGAGAGGGUUGAUCGAGUUGACGUCAUGGCCGAAGUCCCCGGCUUCGUCAAGACCAUUGUCGCAGCUGCAGCUGGCACAAAGCCAUACAUCUAUCAGUACCAUCCCAAACUCUCCCUGAAGAUGAAGAUUGGAGAUGAGGAGAUCGUCGAGGAGGGCACCAUCUUUACCGAAGCUACUUUCAUCUCAUGAGGUAGAAAUACGAUAGAGUAAAAGACGAUGCCACUCUUUAUUUUCGGGUGUCGUCUUGAGGACCUCAUGGUUUUAUUGUUUUCAGAGUACGACUUUUGCAUCAACAUUGGGUAAUACAGUAAUCAGAUCGGACAAUUCAAGUCCGAAUCGGACUUGAUCAGAAGGAGGGGGAGGGGAAGGGCCGGCGUUGGAGACGGACGGACAGGUCUUGGUCAACUCACUCGCUUAGGACUAACUUAGAUGGAACAAUGAUGCCCUUUCAGCCUUUGAA